CCGGUUCCGUCUGGUUCAAAAACACUGGUCGUCGUCAUUAAAAGGGCAAUAAAUAAAAAUAAGCGGUUUAAACCCUAAACGGAUUGUUGUCUUCCUCAUUGCAUCGUUGAUGAGGUUGAGGUGUGUUCUCUGAUGAUAUCUCGAUUAUAGUUCAGAGAAGAUCGGUGGUGUUUCGAGGUUUUGGUCAUGGAGGGAGAAGAAAGUGUGUUGGAUGCUAUAUAUGAAGAAGAUGACGGGUUUGAUACCAUGGAAGAUGUUGAUAUGGUUGAUGUGGAAGAAGGGGAGAUUUUCGCAGAGCAUGAUUUACAUUCUGGAGAGAGACAUAAUGGUGACGACAAGGAUAAAGAAGGGAUCUUGGGUACCAAGGAUGGGCAGAAUCAGCCAAACAAGAACAAGAGGAAGAAGAAUAAGAAGAAGAAACGAAGGAAUGGUCCUGUGAUGGGCAAACCCAUGGAUUUAGACAGGUUUGUUAGGGAUACUUGUAGACGCCUCAAGGAGAAGAAGUCUUACAUGGUUUACACUGCUGUUGGGUGUCUUGGAAUUCCUGCCUUGAGUGAUCUUGUCAAUGAGGUGGAAGCAAUCGAGACAUGUGGAGGUCAGGUGACUGCUGAUGGCAGUAGGAAACGGUCAGGAGGUGGUGUGUUGUGGAACAUCAUCAAAGCGAGACAGCCCGCAUCUUACAGAGAGAUAAUGAAAAAGACCAAGGAGUUUGAGAAGCAGUUUAGGUACCCAAACACAAGACCGAAGUUAGGGCCGAAAAGAGAUGAGGGUAGCUCCUCCGAAGGACUUGCCUCUGCAAAUGCAUCUUCUGAUGAAGCUCUGGGCACUGAGAUGUGUGCUAUGCCUGUAGCUGAGCAGACUGAAUCCAACCCGCAGAAAAAAAGGAAGUCUGUUCAUGAGAGGAUCAGAGUUCCUGUUUCAUAUGAUGACCUUUUCGGAGAAGUACCUGUGGAUACUUCAGAAGCACAAGCACAAGACUCUUCUGUUUAAGUUCUUCACGUUAUAACAUGUUUGCCUUGGAAUUUUUUUUUUGGACUGGGUAAACAAUUAUAAGUUUAUAUAACUAAGCAGCUGGGUUACUUGCGGAAAGCAAAGAUUUUGUUGAGAAAUA